GAGUGUUGUGUACAAUAAUUGAUGUGACUCGUCGCGAAUUUUGUGUUAAUUUAUUUAAAUGUAAAUUAUUGUGCCAAGAAGACGUUGUGUUUGUCGACGGGAAGUUACCAGGACGCCGUCCAGCAAGCAAGAAACCCGAAGCUGGAAGUCCCACACCGUGCGUCGUUACCGCUAGUCACCACCAGGAGCGCUGCUGCAUAACAUCGCAUGGGCGGCCAUUGGGGGUGGUGAAUGUGCGUAAUCCUUGAGGAUGACAGGAUGAGGAGGAGAUGGGUUGGCGCGUAAGAGGUCAGGGGUUCGGGAUUUUGGUCUGACCGUUGCUCGGUCAUUAAGUCCGGAUAUCGAGAAGUGGAAGGUUGUCGGCAAGUGCAACCGUUACCCGCGAAGACCAGUGUUGGAAAAGUUAAUCCUUGGAGGAUCGUGAAGUGCCCGGAAGAGCUACAUCCGUGGCCGUGACAAGAGAGCAGGAGUUUCCCGUAGGAGAUUUGGACAUCCAGGACCCCUUUGUGUUCCUUUGUUCACUUCGUGAACACCGCUUGGUUUCACCCCGGCCGUACGACAUCCGGCCCGGUGAACCAUCUGUACGAGCCGUCAGCGUUUCGCUGGACAGUGCUCAACCGCCAGGCCGUUACCGUUAUACCCGCGAACCCUAACCCCGGACUGUUCCGACGGAGUCCCCGGACACCGUCGAAGCCUGUUGCACGUCACCAAGCACAGGAAGGGCGCGAACGGCUGGCGAGGGUCCGUGAAGGCUGCAGCCGAAGCGUCGGAGGGUCCAUCCGACUGACGUAGAAGCCACCCCCUUGGCAGAGCGCCGGAGGAGCGUCGACGACAGCAGGAAGGAGCAGCGACGACGGCAGAGCGGCGAGAACGGGGCCCCGAACGAGUGCACCGGAAGUGCGAAGAGAGGAAGAGGACGUGUGAGGUAGGAGUAGUUAUAAGGAAGUGGGACGGGACGUGUGAGCUAGUGGAAGUGAGAAGGAAUCCCCGGAAUAAAACUGUCGACCUUACGCGAAGAAUAAAUGUAGUUUCCCUUAGAUAUUCGCAGUGUUUUCUUGGUUCUUGAAUAAUUUCGAGCGUCACGCCGACCCUGGGUAUUAUAAGGGAGAGUCCCAUCGGUUUUGUACGCCCUGACACCGGAAGCACAUCUCUUUCAGUGUGUGUUCACUUCGAGUAUGGACUGGGAGUGAACACCAGUUGUUAUACUUGGCGCCCAACAAGAAUAGCUUAGCUUAUUCAGGCUCGGGAAAACGCUGCAUUAAUGAGAGGUCGACAGAUUCUUUGGUAAAACUUCCGCAACUAUACUAGCUCAACUUGCAAAAAACUUUACGCUACUUUGAGUGGCUAAAUUUAACUAAGAUCAUUUAGUAUUUGAGGGGUCUUGAAGAUGUUUUAAGGGAGGAAGACUACCAACACUGGAAAGACACAAAUUGAACAGAAAAAGUCGGAGAAUUGUUCAUACUUACUCAACUUGUUAUUUUUGGAAAAAUCCGGAGUUCUUUACUCAUGAAGUGCAGUCCUUGGCAGGACAAAUAAAACACCAGACGGAAACAGUCGUUUAUUUUCGUUAAAAUUUUGUACCCUGUACAAUUUGCUUGAUUUUCUAGGAUUUUCUAAUUGAUUACUUCUGUGAUACUUAGGCACUAUUUUUCAAUUUUCACUUGUGCUUGAUUGCUUCUAGGAAGCGUGAAUAAAUUUUAGGUUUUCCAAUUUUUAGUAUUUCUUUUUAAAUUUUAAUUGUUGUGUUUCUAAACGAUACCAUAAUGGAGGUGAAACAUAUGCUGUCCCAGUAUUAUGGGAUGAAUGCAUCGCACCUGACGAUUGAUGAGUUCAGCCAUGAGUUGCACAUCCGCAAGUUGCCUCUGGAUGGAGCACGCAGUCAGCUGGAGAAGGUGUUGUACAAUCAUCUGAAACAGGAAAGAAAGCAGCUUAAUGUGUCGUAUGAGUUUGUGAGUGAUUCGGUAGACGAAGAACUAGGUGUGUGUGAGGACAAACUAGAUUUUAUCAAAAACCACUUGGAAACCAGCCGUGCGGCGAAAGCACCUGGUCAAGUGUACAAAACGAGAUUGAUUCACAUGUUAUUUAGGAUGGAACGAUUGAGGAAACAUAUCACCGAAAACGCAGACUUGGACAGGUUGGCUGUGGUGGCUGUGGAGAUAGUUAGACUGUUGAGCGUGUACUACUCCAUUGUUUCUCCAAUACCGGAAGUAAGAGCAGCUGAGUGGGAGUUGAUUAAUCAGAGCAUUACGGUGGCGAAGAAACAAUUGGAGGAAAAUACACCAGGAGACGAGAAUGGGUCAGGAGGCGAUGGUACUGAGAAGAGUGACCAAACAGGAGCACUUGUUGAGAGGCGUGAAAGCGAUAAGAGAACUGCUGGCGACGAUGGUGAGGAAAAGCAAAAAUUGGUCGAUCAGAACCAGGAGUUACGACUAGCUGUGAGUGCUUUACUCCAGCGAAUCGAAACUCUUGAGUUGAAACAACCCGAAAAAGAUCCCGCCACGGCCGCCAACAGCACUCAAAUCGCGAGUAACGAAAACGGCAAGCAAUCAGGAGAAACUGGAAAAGCAGAACCCGAUUUCUUCAUGUGGUUGAAGGAAAAGGUUGGCUCGUUGGAUAACUCUCGAGACUCGGAACAAAAUAACAAGGAAAAACCGAAGUCCAAACCCGAACAGUCGUCUGUGAAUGAAAAGUUGAAAGAUAACCGAAACCGUUUACCGGUUCAUAAAUGGACAGUACGAUACGACGGAAUGGACAACGGUCGCAGACUGAAUGAGUUCCUGAAAGAGGUUGAAUUCAACGCUCGUUCAGAAGGAUUUUCCGAGGCGGAGCUUUUCCAAUGUGCGCACCACCUGUUCACUCACAAAGCCAGAUCGUGGUUCAUGGAGGUGAAUGGGAACAAUGAACUAGGAACGUGGAGACGCAUGGUUAAGGAGUUAAAGAAUGAGUUCUUACCCAUUGAUAUCGACUACGUGUACGAGCGGCAGGUGUACAAUCGGAAGCAGGGUGCUCGGGAGAAAUUUCAUGAUUUCUACCUGGACAUGGCCAGAAUUUUCCGCAACAUGUCUCAGCCGUGGGACGAAAAACGGAAAUUCGACUCGCUUUUCCGCAACACGCGCGAAGAUUGCCAGAUCGCUAUGCUCGCCGCCAAUAUUCAGGACAUAACUGCAAUGAAAGAGUUUGGAAAGAGGUUCGACUCGAUUAAUUGGCAGUUGUACAAACGGAAGGAGAAUAAGUUCACUCCUCGUACCGCACACGUUGAAGAAGUAGGAGAACUACGUAGACCGUACGGAGGAAAUGGAAACGGAAAUAGGUUCCAGAACAACAACCAAGAUGGUAGAGGUUACUAUCAGCAGCAGAAACCGCAGGUGAAAGGGUUCCAGAAGGGGAAUUGGAAUCAACGUCCACCCAAGCAGGAACAACAACAGUAUCAGCAGCGUAACCAACAGUUUCAUCAUCAGCCGAAGAAUCGUGAGCAGAGUCAAAGAGAGGAGAAAGCUAAACCGAAACAGGACAACCAGCAACGGCCGAAGAGUCCAGUUCAAGGUCCAAGCGGAACUGACCCACUUCAACGGAUCGUGAGAGCGUACAUUCCGAUCAAGAGAGGAGUGUGCUACAAUUGCCAUGAAGAAGGUCACGGGUUCAGCGAGUGUCCGAAGAAUCGGAACGUCUUCUGUGAACGUUGUGGGUUCCCUGGGUUUGAUACGCGAACGUGCCCGUUCUGCGAGUCAAAAAACUUGCAGCGGACUGCUCAGUGAGGCGAGACAGUCGCGGUGCUAACUACACAAGACCUCACGAUGGAUGCGAAGCGGUACUCAGUGAGCUUGGCUAUUCGAGAGUGAGUGGAGAAGUUACGAAGGAUGAUGAGAUUGCUUCUUUACUCGUCACCCUAAGUAAUGACCCCAGGCCAUUCGCGAGAGUUGAGUUCCUGGGUAUUACCGUCGUAGGAUUGUUAGAUAGCGGAGCAGCAAGAACUGUUCUUGGCAAAGGAGGAGAAAAAUUGAUCCAUUCAUUAGGACUGAAGGUGAGAGAGUCAGCAGUGUCAUUGAAGACAGCUGCGGGACAGCAGAUGAACGUCGUAGGUUGUGCAGAUGUACCAAUUACAUUCAAUGAAGAGACGA